UUUUUCAAUCCAUUUUUCAAAUUUUGAAAUCUCCAGCUUUAUAAUGGCUAAUAAACCUAUUUCUGUACUGCUUAUUCUCUUCUUAUCCGUCCCACAGUUUAAUGCAGAUCAGGGAAAUGAAGAAGAUCCAGAAGAAAAGUCACGAUAUCAACAAUAUGUGAACGAGCAGAAUUACCAUAUUCCUUUCAAAACACGCAUCAGUGAGCCUUUCAGAGAGUAUCAAACAGUGCACGCUGUAGGAAAAGUUAAUGCCGACCCAAGGAGGGUGGAUUUAAAUUUCUAUAAAGGUGGGAAUGAAAAUGAUGAUAUGCCUUUACAUCUUUCAGUCAGAUUUGAUGAAGGCUUGUUUAAGGGGAAUGUGGUGUUUAACACCCUUGUCAAUAAAAAUUGGUCAGAGCCGGAAGAGCGUGUUCAAAGUCCAUUCAAACCAGAUGAUGAAUUCGAUAUUCGGGUGUUUGGUAAUCGUAUCGAGAUGGGGACUUUCGAUCAACGCAUCCCUUUAUAUGGAGUUAAUCACGUAUCAUUACUUGGAGAUUUGAAGAGUUUACGAGUUUUCCACUAUGGAGGAACUAAAUUCCCGAAUCCCUACAAUGCUAUUGCCAAACUUUUGCCGGGAAAUCGAGUUAAUUUCAACCUGUACAAGACUAACAACGACAUAGCGUUGCAUAUUUCUAUACGAUACUCCGAAGGCAUUAUUGUUCGCAAUUCAAUGAUAUCAAAUCAAUGGGGGGAUCAGGAAAUUGAAGGCAGUCUUCCAUUGGCAAAAAAUGAAAUUUUCGACCUAACAAUAAUAAACGAACAAGCAAACUUUCUAAUUUUAUUUAACGGCAAAAAGUUUUGUAAUUUUGUGCAUCGUUCUCAGAAUUUUGAUAUUGAAACAUUAGAAGUAGAUGGAACUUUUGAAUUACACACAGUUACAAUUAACAACGCACGUUAA